CAUGUGAGAGUGCCGUCAUUCGUUUUUGAGCAGUGAACAAGAACACAGCAUCUCCGGAUGGAAGAAUCAACUCAUGAGUGAAGAGGAGAAAUAAAGCAAGAGAGCAAGGUCAACAGAGAAAACACAUACCUAUAACGAUAUAUCUAUAACCCAGUAUACAUAUAUCACUAUACAGUAUGUCUGUUUUCCACAAGCACCGGCUAAAGCAUAUGAAGUGAAAUGACAUUUGGACAUCUCUUUCUUAAUGUCACUCAUCAGAUUGGUCACUCAGAUGUUCCCAAACGGGCUCUGACCUCAUGUGACAUGUGGAUAAUGUGGAUUGCUUGGAUGAUCUAGAAUUUCAGCAACUGAUUGGAGAUCUGGAUAUCUGGACAUCUGCAGAUCUCAAGAUGAAGAUGAAAUUCUGCUUUAUUUUAAAUCUCAUCCUGCUCCUAGCCAUCACGUCAUCUUCUGAUUCAGCCAAUCAGACCGAGGUGACUGUGACAAUGGAGGAGGAAGCGGUGGAGUCAUCGGGCAGCCGUUGUUGGGGUUACUAUGAUGUGAUGGGCCAGUGGGACCCACCCUUUAACUGCAAUGCCGGCAUGUACCUGUUCUGCUGUGGAUCAUGCUAUUAUCGUUUCUGCUGCAAGUUCAAAGGUCACAGCCUGGAACAAACUAGUUGCUCCAAUUAUGACACACCUGCCUGGGCCAAUACAGGAAAACCUGCCAGUGGCAAUGAUGCCAACAAUGCUAAUGCCAACGCCAAUGCUAACACUAGCAAUGUGCCCAAGCCAGACCAGAUGCACAUGAUUGUGUAUGUGAUUUGUGGCACAGUGGCCAUCAUGAUGCUCGGAGGAAUCUUUGCCAAACUGGGUCUGGAGAGGAGCCGUGGAGGAACUGGGGAUACCAGCAACACUAGAACCCUAACAGAGCGACUGAAGCUGCCAGGUGAGGCAGAGUGCAUGGUCAGAGGGGCAGGGCAUCAUCCAGCCAGAUCUAAUGGAAUCUCUGGACGCUUGAUAAGAACUAAUAAUGAAGAUACAACAACCAGAGACUACUAUAGGAGUUUCCCAUUGAUGGACCAGACAUAUCGCCAGUCAUCACCUACGACUUUCCAACCCAUUGCUUUCCACUCCAAAGAAAAGCCAUUCCUCCUUCCAUCAGAAAUCCAUGUUCCUGUUGUUAACACCAUAACACCCUCCCUGAUCCCCAAGUCCAAGAACUCCAGAACCAACAACCAUCCACUCACCGCCAUCUCGGCCUUCCAAGCCUGGGAACCCAGUAAGAAUCCUGCUCAGCAUCAUGUCUCUCUCACAGGACAACCACAGCCAUCAAUGUCCCAGCCCAACAGUCGAGAUCACCCCUACUUAAACAAACUCCAGUUUAGAACAGAGACCCUGCCAGAGCUGUUCUAUCAGCCACUGGGGUACGGACGUUCCCCUCAGAUUCUUCCCAAACACAAGGGGCUUCACACAAACAGCAAGACAGAAGUGACUGUGUGAACAAGAGAAAGCAAGGGACAGAGCGAGAGGAGGAAAAAAUGUGGAGCAGGAGGAAAAAUGAGACAUUGGCAUUAGGAGCAUCAUAGCUUGGAAUAGGAGUUUAACAAGAUGCAAUACAAUAACCAUUUUUACUCACUGCCAAAUGAGUACAAAAUAUUAAAGUAUUUCGGUAAACAUUUUUUGGCAUUUCCUGUUUGUUAUGAAGAGCAUUACAUAACAAAGAGAAUGGAUCUUGCUCAGUCAGUGGUGAUUCUUGAUCAAAUCUGGGCCUUCUUCUUUACUCAGAUUUCCACUCUGUCACUCAGCUGUCUUAUCCAGUAAAUGAAAUGUGGUGAGAAUUAUGAUCACAGUGGCAAAGCUUCACAGUGUCCCACAAUUCCUGACACAUGCCUGGAACUUUGCUGUCAACUCUCAUUAACCUCCAACUAACACUCUGAGAGGAAUCAUACAAGCAGAUCAAAAAGCUAACACCAGACCAAUGCCAGAAAGUGUUAUUUUAUCACAGAGAUGUAAAGCACUUUCAGAGACGGAGUUCACACCACUAACAAAAUCUUUACUCAUCAUUCAGGCAGUUGUGCUUUUACGUUUGAUUUGUUUGUCAUCUUUAUUUUAACGUCAGGGUUGAUGUUGUUUGGAUUAUUUGUGUGAGUUUCCUAGAAAUUUGACAGAAUUGGAUUAGGAGUGUGAAAAGUAACUAAGAGCAAAUUAGAAGAGAGUCUUCUUCUUCUAACAUUGAUUGGGUAAUAUUUGUCCAUGGAAAGCAUUCAAAUGCAGACUGCUGCAGUUAACAAAAAGAAUCAAACAUUCUCAAACAUGCUGAAAAAAAAAACCCAGACCAUUUAACACACUAAAACCUAACAAAGGAAAAGCAUCUAGCAUCUAACAA